CAUAACUGGCUUCUAUUUUAAGAUUGUGUCACGUGAUCAAACAGUUCUCUUGCUACGAAAAACCCUCAGCGGAGUUUGUCGUUGUUUUAUCCAGGAAUCAACUAUUAUUUUCCCAAAAUGAAUAGACUGUUUGGAAAAGGAAAGCCUAAGGAGCCUCCGCCGAACUUAACAGAUUGCAUUUCGAACGUUGAUAGUAGAGGUGAAUCCAUUGAAAAGAAAAUCGCAAAACUAGACCAAGAGCUGUUAAAAUACAAGGAUCAAAUGAAGAAGAUGAGAGAUGGACCCUCAAAGAACAUGUUAAAACAGAGAGCAUUACGAGUCCUCAAACAAAAGAAACAAUAUGAAAACCAACUAGAGGGUCUCCGGCAACAGUCAUUUAAUAUGGAACAAGCAAACUUUACAACUCAAACAUUAAAAGACACAAAACAUACAGUUGAUGCUAUGAAAACAGGUCUCAAAGAAAUGAAAAAAGAAUACAAAAAGUUGAAUAUCGACCAGAUUGAGGACAUUCAAGACGACAUGGCAGAUAUGAUGGAACAAGCAAAUGAAAUACAAGAGAGUCUCGGCAGAACAUAUGGGUUGCCUGAUGAUAUUGAUGAAGCUGAUCUAGAUGCCGAAUUGGAAGCUCUUGGAGAUGACUUGGCUUUAGAUGAGGACACUUCAUAUCUAGAUGAGGUCAAUGCACCUGCUGCCCCAGACACAGUGCCGGGAGAGAGGGACCCUUCGGGAUCAAGAACACAGGAUGGAAUAGCAGUGGAUGAAUUUGGUCUUCCUGUGCUUGCAAAGAAUUAAAUCCCUUUACUGAGAAUUACUUGCUCUUUGUGAAAAUGCUAGGUGUGUUUCUUUUUCGUCACCCCUGCUUGACAACUUGCAAAAUAACUUGACAAAUGAUUAGGUUCUUAUACAUUGUUCUACACAGUCUUUACUGCAUUUUGCGAGUAAGUACGCAGCUGCUUUGUCUCCUAUUAUCUUUGUUCUACAAAGGAGUUCUUUUGUCUUUACUCUUCUCGUUCUUUGUAUCGAGGUGCGGAUAUUGUUCAUUUGUCCAAUCAAAUUGCAGCUUGUAAGAGCUGCAUACUGACCCCAUUUUGCAGAAGAUAUACAGACAAGCUGGCUUGUUGUUUCUGAUGUCUUUUAUAGCACUUGUAGUGUGGGCAGAAAAGCAAGGUGCUCCUUGCACGGUUUGCACGGUUUGCACGGUCUUUCCUGCUAGAGGCAAGUUACGCUGGGGACAAUGCCCUUACAUCCUUCGUUGUAGGCGAUGCUCGAUCUCAUUGAAAAAAUUGAUACAAUUUGGGACAAAUCUGACAAUCAAAAACGUUAUUACUAAGUUUUACUGGUUACCAGUAUGUUAGUUAAUCACCCUGUAUAUACCGUAAGUACCAUUAUUUACUUGCUUAGACGCCACCCCCAAACAGGCGCCACACAUGAGUCUCAAAUGGUAAUAGAUGUAAUUACUUUUUGUUGAGGAGAAAACCCGAAUGUCGUACAUAUGUCGCGGUCGCCAUCAUGGAAUUUUUGUCACUCAAUCAAGGGGAAACCGCAAUUUUCUGUUGUUUGUUGUUGUUGUUGUUGUUGUUUUGGCCGAAGUAAUACAUUCAACGCCUGCAAACCUCGCCAUAUAUGAACGGUAUAAUGUAUUAAUUAAGUGACUUUAGUUAAUGCUAGCCUCGAAUUAACAUCGUCCCCUAAUAAAUGCCUGAGACAUAUGACGAGAGUUUGAACAACUAAAUAACGGUAAAUCAAGCUUGUAAUGGCAAUUCUCAGAUUUUCAAUAAAACAGAUAAUGCAAAAACA